AUUCACAGGAACAGGUCUACAUAACCAGUGUAUGAGGUAAUGUCGAGGAUAGCGCAGCGUGUGUGGAGAUGUCGUUUAACACAGUUGGUGAACACGGUAAUACCAGCCGCUAAGUACUGACGUGUCGAUCUACCUGGAAUAUUACUAAAAUCCAGGAAUUUUUCUUAAAUAACAACUUAUGAUCAACAAGCUGUAUUGUAUAAGUUGUUGACUGACACAAACCUAAUAGUUCCAGGACAGUAAGGAUGUCUCUUAGAAACACGUUUCUGGUCAUACUUCUGUACGCUGUGAUAGACUACACGUCAGCUGAUGCAAUUCAGUUGUUGAUGGUGAACAAUGUGUCGUGUUCUAUGAUAAAUGAAGUGGAUCAAUUUGAUUCGUACCAGUUAAAUUGGGACGGUGAAAUGCUUCCUCCUAAUUGCAAACUUGGUUUUACUGGGAAGAGCAUUCUUGUGUCAGAGGCACAUGCCAAGUACAGGGUCUGCGUCAAGACCGUCCUCUAUGACAUCAAAGACUGCAAUUUCAAAAUGAAUUUUUAUUGCAACGACAAAAUUGACCCAGCCCAGGAGUAUACCUGCGGUACCGUGCAUCCACCUACGUUUUGUGCUCCAGAUCACUUGUUCAUCGCAUUCUCUAGAUCUUCUCUGGCUUCGUCCACGUCCUCAUUCCAGUUAAUAGUGACAGCGGAAAAAACGUACACAGCCCCCGAGGAGAACAUCUAUCUCGUGUAUAGUGUCGUGGCUGGAUUGUCCCUCCUGUGCGUGUUGAUAUUGUGUACCAUCAUCCUGGUGGUAUGUAAGAAGCACAAACAAGUACGACAAGCCAGGACAGGAAAUACGCCUGGUCUGUAUGACAAUGCUCCACCCUCCAUGAUGCACGGAGCUGCUUUUCCGAUUGGAAUGCAUAAUCAGGGAUACUUCAAUACAGAACAAGAUUUCCAUCCACGUGCUGUAGCCGUCAGCCUUCCAGCAUAUUCGGAGAAGGAAGAAAAGAAUGAACCGCCUGCCUACACAGAAGUUACCGACAUUGGGACAAAAGCAUAGACGGUUGAGAAUAUUUCACAAAGUGUAAAGAAACAGUGUAUCACAAAAAGUGACGGACAAGACAAUAGUUAGUAAACGACGCAGUUGGGAAAAUUGAGUGGUUUUUUCACAUUUCCCAUAAAACAGAAGAUAAAAAAGCAGACGAAAAAGAUAUGUACAUUUAUUCGACAAUAUGAAUUUUUUUUAACAUCAGCAGGCAAUACUUAUAGUAUUCAAACGACAAACACAUAACGUUCUGUAUCCAUUGUGUUUUUCUUUUUGAAUUGAGGUAUGAAAACACCACCUAAAUGAUAAUCUUCAUCAUGCUUUACAGUUUACAGGCACCACCUAAGUGAAAAGUGUUGUGACUAUACUGUAUGCCGAAAAAAAUAUUGUCCUUCAUAUGUAGUGAUUAUAGUGUGUUGUGUAUCAAUUUGCAAUAUCGGGAUGUUUCACACCCUAUAUAGAGGGCAGAAAAGUUGAAAUGUGAACUUCGGCGAAAAACAAAUCUUUUAUAAAAUCUUCUAUAAGGUUCAUCAGUUUGGCAAUAUGUUAUAUCAAAGUGUUACUUUCUACACAAACAAUGUACGUAUUAAACGUUCACACAAACAAUGUACGUAUUAAACGUUUACACAAACAAUGUACGUAUCAAUCGUUUACACAAACAAUGUACGUAUUAAACGUGUCGGAACGUUUCAAGACCCCAGGUCUCGUUGUCAAGCUAUGGUAGAGUGAGGGGUUUGUAUUUGAUGUGGAGAAAGUAACAUUUUGAUAUCCUGUAUAAAGUAUACGGUGUAAAUAAACACACUAUAAAAUGUU